AUGACUGUUACUAUGGUUACUGUUGGGUAUGGUGAUAUAACUCCUUUAAAUGUUUAUGAAAAAUAAUUAUCUAUAUUAACAAUACUUAUUGCUUGUGGUAUUUUCGCUUUUAGUGUUUCAUCAAUUAAUAAUAUAAUGAGUUCAAUUAAUGAAGAAAAAAGAAUUAUUAACUAAAAAUUAUAAAUUAUAAAUGAAUACAUGCAAAUUAAAAAUGUAAGUUUUGAACUAAGACAUUAAAUUAGAGAAUAUUUAGAAUACUUUUGGAAAAAAUCAUAUUAUCAUGAUUAAUAAAUAACAUAAAAAAUUAUUGAAUCAUUAAACUAAGAUUUGAAAUAGAAAUUAAUGGUAGAAGCCAAUCAUACUGUAUUUAAACAUUCUAUAAUAUUUAAUGAGAAUUAUAGUAAUUCUCUAAAAUAUAAAAUAAUAUCAAUAAUAAGAGAAUAAUAGUAUUCUCCAGAAUAAAUAAUUAUUUAAAGUAAUGAUAAAAAAAAGGAUUAUUCAAUAUAUUUUAUAGAAUCUGGAGAAGUAGAAUUUUUUAUAGAAGGUAAAGAUAUAGAUGGUAAUGAUUAGGUGUAAGUUUUGGUAACAUUAAAAAAAGGAAUGUAUUUUAAUGAAAUAAAUUUUUUCACAUAGUAACAAAUAUAAAAUAUAUCUGUUAGAUCAUAAGGAUUUUGCACAAUUCUUAAAAUAGAUGCGAAUGAAUUUAUAAAUUAACUUAAAGAAUUUCCCGAAGAUUAUAAUUACUUUUGUCAUAUGAAAGAUAAUAUAAUUUAUAAUUAGUAAUAUUAAAUUAUUAAUUCUUUCUGUUAUUCAUGUUAAUUAUAUGAUCACUAAUUAAAUAAUUGUAAUUUAAUCCAUCACAUACCAAAAAGGUCAAAUAUUAUUCUAAGGCAUUUAUAUGAUCCUAAGACUAUUGAAAGACAGUACUUUAAAAGAAAGAAAAAAAAACAAUUUAAGACUAUUAUGAAUCUAUAAUAAUUAUAACUUAAAGCUAUUUAAUAUAGCAAUUUAACAAAAAAGUCAAAAAAAUCAAUAUAUAAAAUCGAUUCUGACUAUGAUGAUUAUGAAAUUUCGUCUUAAUAAUCAUCAGAAUAUACUGAUUCCAAUAUGUAUAUAAUUAGUAUUUUAUUUUUAUAAAAAAAAAAGUACAUUACCAUAAUAAGGUAAAUCAAAUAUAUAAAUAAAUUCAUAAGAAUUUGA